GACAUUGUGACGUCACACUGCAUGAUGCAUCUUUUGGAACAAAAAUGUUUCAGAGCUGUAUACCUCCAAAAGAGACUCCUUGAAAAUUCUUCAUUAAGGAAAGUUUAUAUGUUUUCUAAGUCCAUACUCUACAUAAGAAUGUGGAAAAUAUUUCUAAAGCAGAAACUGAUUUAACGAUAUUUUAUGAUUUCCUUAUUGUUUUCAUCCCAUGGAUAUCGUUAUAAUUAUACGUACUUGUCCAGGUCCAGUGUUUUUAAGACCAAGUUGUAGGUUAGUAGUUUCUUAAAAAUUGCAACGAAGUAGACUUUAUAAGUAGAUUUACCACUUUCCUCGAAUUUUCAAGAUUUGUAUAACCAGUCCAGACCGCCAACUAUUUUCUUAAGCCGUUUUGUAUUUCUUAUUUUGUCAGUCGUGUAAUGAUUUUUUAAAAAUAUAAUGGUUUUGAUUCUCAAUUCGGUCAGUAUAGAAAAGUCUCUCGCACUCCAUCUUUUACAGUUGAUUUUAUUGUGACAAGGAACUUUUAGUACACGUACUAGUUUGGCUUUUUUGUUCUGCGUAUCUCGAGGUAAGUUUCAUUUUUCCACGAUUCGUGAGACAUGAGGCCGUGGUGAGCUAUGACUUUGGCCAAAAUUUGAGCACAAUUAGUUGAUUUUUUUUUUCUUUGUAACAGCACAACUAGUUGAUAUUUAUUUAUUUUUGCUAACAUUUGGGACUAGUGGAUAUUUAUUUGUCUGGAAAGUAUCUAACGACUGAUGAGAAUAUUCAACCAAAAUAAAAUGUCAGUACAGUACUAUAAUACAUUUAAUGUGUUGACUGUUCAUUCGGAUCAUUAAACUCUGAGGGUCCGUUUUUACAUUUUAGUGAGGGGUAGAUCAGAACAAAUACGAUCAAAUCUUUAAGUAUUUGUGAUUUGAUUCGUAUUUUACAGAUAUUUAUUUUUCAAUUUUUUGCUUCCGAAAAUACAGAUUCUAGAAAACUUGAUGUUCAAAAAUUUAUAGAUAUUUUGCUGAUAUUACAAAUAAUUACAGAUACCUUAUCAUGUUUUCUUAAAACAAAUAUUCUAGAAAAAAAACUGAUAGAAAUUGGUUCUUAAAACAAUUUUACAUAAUAUAUAACCUAAAAAUCAAAGGAAGUAGUGAAGUUAUAUGUUUUUUAAAAUUUAAAAUUAUUUUAAAUUAUAGAAAGACAAAACUUAAAGAAAAGUUAUAGUUGUCAUGAAGAUUAUUUUUUCUUGAUUUAAUAGUCUUAUCAAGAAUAAUGUGAAUAAAGUUUAUCAAAUUAUAUGUUAGAAUAAUAAUUAUGUAAGUUUUUUUUGGUUGACUAUUAUAUAAGUUUUAUAUUUAAAACUCUACAUUCAAUUUAGAUAUAUAUGUACUUAUACAUAGGAGCAAACCGAAGCGAAUCUGGUUUCUAUAAUUUUAGUAUUUGUGAUUUAUUUUGCUUUUUAACAGAUAAUUGGUUUUGGUAUUUGAUUUAUUCCAAAAACUUUAUGAAUAUUCAAUUUUUAAUAAUUGAAACGAAAAAUACCAUAUGAAAGACUUUGCCGUCCUAACUAAAAAGUCUGAAAUUUUAUUUUGCAUUCGUGAAAUAUGAGUAAUUUUAAAGUCCUGGAAACAUAUCUGCAGAGUCUCUAUCUUCUUUAAUUUUGUUGUAAAACUUGGCCAAGCAUGGGGCUCUUGAACCAUGCCGAUCAAAUUAUUGCAGUCCGUUCUAAAGCUCUGACAUGUCAAGUGCUAAAGCAUACUCUCCAUUGCCAAUGUCAAUGUUUCUACUUCUGAAUGCAUGACAAAUUUUCGCCGAAUAUAAUUUCGUGUCCAAAUAAGUUGAACCUUUCCCAAGCCGUUCAUCCACACCCGUUGAACUAUGUAAAUUUCCAUGAGCCGUCUAUCAGCUUAACAUUCACCAUGUUAAAGAUUAUUGGCAGAGAAAACGUAAAAUAUUAGCUCGUAUAAUACCAGGGGCGGAUGUGAUAACAAAGAAGUAGGGUAAGUGGAGAGUCCACGUAAGCAUCUCACCUUGUAUCCAUUCUUGUUGAUAAUAUAAAAUCUGAUGAAAAAGCUUCAAUAAAAAAACUGACUUCACAAAAAAUUAGAGAACAUAAAAAUCAAAACAAAAAGUUGUAGUUGUGAAACUAUUGGGUUUUUUUUUUUUUUCCCAAAUUGAAAUUCAUUCAUAAGAGAACCGCGAUUGUUUAGUACAUAAGCUGGCGGAUACAAAAUCCCCAGAGACAAUAGCCCAAAGAACAGGCAGCUAAAACCCACCCCGGGACACUUUUCGAACAUAACCAUAACAAGGCAAGGAAACUAGACCAUUCAAGGACUAAAUAAACUAAAAAUAGUAACACUAGAACAUACGACAAACCAGUACAAGAGACUUCCCUAAGUAGCAGGUAAAAAUGAUCUGGAUAAAUUGAUGCUGCCCUCAGCACGCCAUCCGAAACAAUCCACUUGUAGAACCCGAAGACACCGAUGUGCCUUCUCAAACCCGGAUCUAUCGCUGCCGCCUAUGGCCUGCCAAACGACACCAUCCCCACUCAAAACCAAGAAACAGGGCUUCACAACCCGACAAGACAGAUCGCUUCACGAUCCUCAAAACUUUCGGAAACGGCUUGAACGCACUCUCUGACGUCCACUUAACACCUAGAUAGAAGCCCACCAUAAAUCUUCACACAAACAAGCCUCGAUCGAACUCCAAACCAAAUACAAACAUUAACCACCAAGCCGACGAGAGAUCACUGAUACCGCCACAAUAAGAGGAGAAAACUGCAACUGGAACUGUCAAACACUACGCAGAGAGACUGAGGCAACACUACAGCAAGCAUACCACAAACUACAAUCUAAACAACAAUAUCAAGACACAAGCAAGAGGAUCGAAAAGGUACACCAAAGCCUUGAUACACCAGCAAACCGUCCCUACUGUAAGCCAAGCAACGACCGUCACAGUCCGGACUGAAAAAGGCGGGUCUUGACUUUGGAAAUGGAGCAACGAACACCAAGUCGCAGCUUCGAAGAGGUCAAAGUACAUGUCACCGGAGCAACCACUGAGUUGACACCGGCGCUGAGAAACACGUUUCCGCAACGCAACACCGGCAAGAACCUCUUCUCUGGUAGACCACUCUACCAUCGCAGAUCUAAACCGUACGUCGCGUUGACUCCGGGAACCAAAGAACAUACCUCUUUCCACCGCCUAAUGUAUAUCUCCUCCAACUGUCUCACCGCCGUAGAUGGAGGUAGAUCCAAGGUGAAGGAGACGUCUUAACUUGCCACGCGCCGUCGUCACGAAGCUGCCGUCGCAGAUCUGGGAAGGGAAAAUCAGAUCUUGACAAAAGCUUCAACCCUAGAAGCCGACUCCCAUCUCCACUGUCUCGCCGUGAGUCUCGCCGUCACGCCAUAUAAAGCCGGACUCCAUCACCAUCAACCGCAAAAGGCCUGUGGUUGAAGCUUCGACAGGUACAGAGUGACUUGCAUAUCGACCAAAGAGAGCAGCGAGAGAGGAGAGCAAAGAGAAAACAAGGAUAAAGAGUGGAGGGGAACGCCUCCGGCUCCGUCGAGACGGAGGCCGGUGCUAACUCUUCUACGUCGGCGCUUUUAUCACGACAAACUCGCCUCUUCUAUUGGGUUUAAUAUAAUAAUUACUUAAAAUUGGAUUUAUAUUAAAUUUAAGCUCGGUAAUAGAAUAAUAAAAUAAUACAUAAUGUGUGGCCUCUAUGAAAUAAUAACUAGUUUAUAUAUUAUGAAUCAUAAAAAUAAAUUAAACUUUAAAAAAUCAGUUCUUCCGUUUGUUGAUAUGACUUUUUAAUGCAUCUUUUUUUUUAAGUUUCAGGUUGGGGUUUUCUAUACUAAUGUUAUAUAUUCUAAAAUGUUGAUUUAUAUUUUAUACAUUCUUACAUUAAUUAGAAAUAACUGUGACUAGAUUUUGAUCCGCACUUUGAAAGGGCAUAAUUAUUUUUUUGUUGACAAAUUUGUUAAUCCGCCUGGUUGUUCUCUAAUAUAUUAUGUAUUGACGUUCCAUCUUCUCUAGGUUUAGUUCCAAUUUUUUUGUUCAGUUUUGGUUAUGUUGUGUGUUUUCAUAUGAUAUUAGGUUAGAUGAUUUGAUAAUGAACUUGACAAAAGAGAAGAAUAUUAAAAUAUUAUGAUAAUCGAGGAGAAAAUACAGUAUAUAAAUACUAGGUAAUAAUCUAUAUUAAAUAAAUAAUUUUUAUAUUUAUUUUUAAAUAAAAAUAAUAAUAUUUUAUUUAUCUGAUCAAGUUAAUAUUAUAAACAUAUUUGAUUUUUAUCAAUUCACGUAUGAUCCACACUUUUAAAAUUUAAAAAUUAAAAUAUUUAUGUACUUUUAUAUGUUAUAUAAUUUAAUUUAAUUAUAUUAAAUAUAUAUAUAUAUAUAUAUAUAUAAUCUGACUAUAUCAAAUAAAACUUUAUUUUGAUCUUGUUAUAAUAAAAAUUUUAAACCACUGAUCACAAAAUUAUCAAUAUGAGACUUUUAAUAUUUUUUUUAAUUAAUCGUUGUUUUAAAAUUUAAAAAUUAAAAUAUAAAAGAAUUUUAGAUUUUAUUAUAUGAUUAAUGUGAUUGUUUGAUUUGCUUUGAUAAAAUAAAAUUAAAAAUGAUAGAAAAUAUACAAAUUGUUAUAAUGUUUUAUUAUCUAAAGUUAUUAAUUAUUAUGGAUAUUUUAUUCAUAUUAGCAUAUUAUAUAUUCCUUAUCUUUUAAUUAAUAAAAUAUAGAAAAAUAAGUUUUAAAAUUACUAAUUGAUUUUAUGGUUUAUUUUAAAAAAUAGUAUAUGUUUAGAUGGACCAAUCUAUUUUUCUAAAAACUAAAAAUUGUUAUUUUGUCAAAAAUAAUUCAUAUGGCAUAAUUCACAUGUUAUAAUGGCUAUCUAUUAAUAUACAAGAGAUAUAGUUUUUCUAAGAAAAAAUUUCUAGGAUAUUAUUCUUUAGUUUAUUUUCACAUAAAUAGCUUCCAAAGAAUAAAGUGAUCAAAAGAAGUUUUAUUGGGUUUAAAGUUAAGGAGAUAAGUUUUGGGGUUGCGAUUUAAAACUUAAAAAAAAAUAGAAAAUAAAUAUUAAUAGUUUCAAAAGUAUUUUUGAAUUUCAAAAGAAAAAUUUGAAAAAAUAUAAAAGUUUUACUUUUGAAAAUAUAUAAUUCGAAAUUAUAAAAAAUACUUAUUAUUAUUAUUUAUAUAUUUAUAAAGUAAAAGGUAGAGUGAUCUUUUGCCUCUUUAAUAAAAUUAUUUUGGUCAUUUUUCUUCUUAAGAGCUCUUUUUGUGACAAUUUAUUUUAAAAAAAACAAUUUAAUAGAAUUGCCCUUUUCAAAUUUGUCGACAUAUUUUUAAAUAAAACCUAUCAAAAAUAUCCUAACGCAACUUGAUCCUUUAUAUUUUGAUGAUCGUUAUGAUCAAUAUAACAACGAUAAAAUGAUUUUAAUUUAUGAUUGAAGGUAGAUAUAUUUAUUAUUUUAGUAAUUAUAUUUUAAAGAAUUAUUAGUUUUCAUAUAUCUUCUGUCUUAGUAUAAUAGUUUUCUGGCUCCAGCCGCUCCAGUGACAAUAUAUUGUUACUAUAAUUUGGAAAGGCUAAGAAAAAAGACUGAAUGAAUUGGCUAGGAAAAUAAGAUACGUACAAGAACCUCCAUCUCAAUCUUUUUCCACUGAAAAAUUCUACAACUUUAAUAAAAAGUAAUUCUAUAAUCAAUAGAAUUUAAAAUCUAUGUGGCAAACACUGAGAAACGACGCCGUCGGCUGCACAGGAUCCAUGCACGCAUAGUCGCAUACACAAUAUAAAGCUCUCCGCGCCUUCCACAAAUUUCUCACUUGCCUUAGCCAGGCAGUGAAAACAAACAAAGCUCUCUCUUUUUUUUUUUGGUAAACACAAAGCUCUCUCUUCUCUCUAUGGUUUCAUCUCAAUAUACGAAAAUAAAUCAGGUUUUGAGAACAAUAUAUCAAAUAUUUAUGAAAAAAAAAGAAAUAGAGUCUCGAGCAAGAACGAGAUGUCGAUAAGACGUAUCUAUCGAUGCCUUAAUGUUCUCAUCAAAAGAUCAAGUCCUUCCUUCGUAUGAUCCAACACAAGACCACAACUCUUUAAUCUCUCUCUCUCUCUCUAACUUCAGUUAUUACGAUCACGAAUCAAGAUUCAAGAAUGGUACGGACACCGUGUUGCAGAGCUGAAGGGCUGAAGAAAGGAGCAUGGACUCACGAAGAAGACCAUAAGCUCAUCGCCUACGUCCAACUUCACGGUGAAGGAGGCUGGCGAACCCUUCCUGAUAAAGCUGGUCUAAGAAGAUGUGGCAAAAGCUGCAGACUGAGAUGGGCCAAUUACCUUAGACCUGACAUUAAGCGUGGUGAGUUUAGCCAAGAGGAGGAAGAUUCCAUCAUUAGACUCCAUGCCAUUCAUGGCAACAAAUGGUCGGCGAUAGCUCGUAGAUUACCUGGAAGAACAGAUAACGAGGUCAAGAACCACUGGAACACUCACAUCAAGAAACGUCUGAUCAAGAAAGGUAUCGAUCCGUUGACCCACAAAUCACUUAAUGGUAAAUCAUCUGACCAUCCCGAGACACCGCCGGAUAAAAGCAGCGUUCAUCAGGAUGAUGAUGAUCAAAAGUCAAACAAGAAUAAUGCGUUAGGAUCAUUAUCAGCUCGGUUCUUGAACAGAGUAGCAAACAGAUUUGGUAAAAGAAUCAACCAAAGUGUUCUGUCUGAUAUUAUUGGAAGUGGUGACCCAUUUACUAGUUUCACUACUCCUACUACAAGUGCUUCUGAAUGUGAAAAGUCAUCGAGUUCUUUCUCCAAACCAAACUCUUCAGAUCUCCUCAUUAAUGAAAACAUGAUCCUCGAUGCAACAUCUUUGUCCUCGUCCACGUUCUCUAGCGACACCUCUGACCCCUCAGUAUACGACCAUAUCUUCGAUGACUUAGAAGAUAUGACCGCAUUUUCAUCAAGAUUUUUGAAUGAUGUUGUAUCUCAUGAUGAUGAAGAUUUCUUGAUGUUGGAUGAAUCUUGUUUGGAGAAAACUUCGUUCAUGAGGGAACUUACAAGGAUUCUUCAAGACGAUAAAAUUGAGACGACUAUGUGUAGUGAUAGUCGUGUGACACCAAUCAGUGAAGUUGAUGUUUCCUUUGAAGGGAUUGACAACUAUUUUGGAUAAAGUAAACAUAAAUGUCAAGAGUUUAAUACUUUUAUAAUGACGAUGAUGAUGAAAAUUGAGUUUGUAAUUGAUUUUGCUGUGUUUUUAAAAAGUUUGUAUGGGUUUCUGGCUUAUAGUGAUGUUGUUCGAUUUGUAGGGAGCUACAAAUUGAUAAAACUAAUGUAAAAUGUAUGGUAUGUUUGAAUCAGAAGAGACAUUCAAACACUGAUUAACAAAAUACUCUCUCUGUAUAAAGAAUGUCAUUUUAACUUUUUAAUUUUGUUUUAAAAAAGUGUCAUUCUAUAUUUUCAAUGUAAAUUUUCGCAUUAAAUCAUUUUGUUAUCUUUGUAAAUGACCAAUAGAUGUUUAAUUAUUUUUAUUUAAAUAAUUGUUUAAUAAAUAAAAGUAAAUUAGUAUAUUUUGUUAAUUUUUUAAUCUGCGUGAAUGUGUUUAAGUGACAUUUAUUAUGAAACAGAUGAGUAACAAAUAAUUUACAAAGACUACAUUGUUGAGUUCAUUUAACUUUCUCGGAGAUAUCCAUAAUUACCUGUAUUAUUGUUUUGGUGUACUAUGCAUAAUGUUUCAUUCCACUACCGGUUUGGUGAGUCAUGUGUGGACAAGCUAGCUAACUGCUGCUAGCCGUCGGCAAGCAGGUGAUAUUCAUGAUAGUUGAUUUACAUAUUUAUUUUAAUAUGAUCCUUUCCGUUCCACUUAUGUAUUUUUUCAACCGGUUCCACUUAAUUUUUUGACCAAAAAAGUCGGAUUUGAAAAAAAAUAAUCACACAAAUAAUAUAAAACUGAUUUAAUUGUUGUAAAAUGAAUCCGAAUGUAUGUGUUUAAAAAAGACAAAAUGUUAUGUGAAAUGAUAUGGUUGUUUUUCCUCACGAAUUAAAAACACCACAUGAAAAGUAAAAAGUAAAAAGUAAAAAUGACCUCAACAAUGGCCGCUAUAGAUGUCACAUGUUAAUCAUACCGACUUGCUCGUGUACACGCAUUGCAUAGACACGAACAUACUUGCAAAUCACAUUAAAUGUGGUCAUGUCUUACGCCUAAGUCCACUUCAUGUGGAAGUACAGGCAUGACUUCUAUAUUCACACACAACGGAUUCCGCAUUUUGUCCAAUAGGAGACGCAAUAUUCGACUGUGUCAAGAAUACCCGUAUCUUCUAUUUCACCUAUCACAUCAAAAUUGUCUUAAGUUCAUCAAUCCAUGUAUGAAUAUGAUAACCUGGUCAACACGCCCUAAGUCAUGUUAUCCUCCAUUUCGUACUAACAUCGUCUUAGUCAUCUUAAGUCUCAGAUCGAACAUUGAACAUUCUUGAGCUUUUAAUCCUCUUUUAUUGACAUUUUCUCAAACAUACUAUUCAACAACGGCAUGACAAUUAUCAAACUUCAUGUGAUAUUCAAAAAAAAAAAUCACUUUUUUAUUCACCCAUACAAUUAAACUUUUUAUAUAUUCAUUACUCAAUCUUCAUAAACACCAAUAUAGGCAACUAUAUUCAUAACUUGUUUUUAUCUCACGUGUUACCAAAUUCAAUAUCAUUAACGUAAGCUAAUGCAAAAUCUCCAACAGCCAUAUUGACCGACUCAUGAAAUUCAUCUUCUAUUUAAAACAAUUUCCCAUCUUUAUGAUUUUCCAAAAGAAAUUAUAACGUUUUAAAAUAGUAUGGAUGGGAUGUUACAGGUACGCAUAAAAAAUAUAAUGUUAUUUAAAUUUGGUUGAAAAUACACUUUUAGAUGAUAUUUCGAUAGCUUUUAACAUCAAUCGCGAAAAGAUGCCGAAUUUGACAUUAAAUUUUCUGCCAAUUUUAACUUUACAUUUUCUCUGUUACAGCUCGUUUAACAGAAUAAACAAGUUUAAAGUAAAUUAGAUUUUGAUCCGCGUUUUCAAAGCGCGAGAUUAUUUUUGUUAAUAAAAUUAUUAACAUGUUUGUUAGCUAAUAACAGAAAUAAAAAAAAAAUCUAUUUGUUCAAUCCUUUGUCACUUGAUAAAUAUUUUGUAUAUUCGAAAAAUAGCCUAGAAACACGAUAAUUGUAAAAAUGUCUAACCAUAAAUCGUAGGUUGGUUUUUAAAAAAUAAACAUUAUUUUAAGUUGUUAAAUAAUAAUUUAAAACAAUUAAAACUUAUUAAUUAGGAUUUAUGUAAAAUUAUAGUUUUGAAACUGCAUAUAUUAUGAAUAUUUAUGUAAUAUAAAUUUAGAAAGAAUUACAUUUAAUUUAUAAAUAUCUGAUAAAACUUAUUCUAGUAUUAUUUAUUAUUUUAAAUUUAAUAUUAUCUAAUUUUUAAAAAUUUGAACUGUAUUAACUUAUUUUGUAUAUAUUAAAAAGGAAUUUUGACCUGUAUAUUUUGGAAAUGAACAUUUAAAUAAUGGAAAAUUUUAUAUUAUUUGGUGAUAUAUAUUUCGUAAAUUUUUGUUAGAAUUUAAUUAUAUAGAUAAUAUUCGUAAUGCAACGGAAAAAAAAGAAACAGAAAACAUGUCAUAUAUUAUUAAUACACGUAAUCUUAUGUAACAUAAAUGGUUUGAAUAAGUUUGAUAACAUUUUGGAAUAUUCCUUAAAUAAAUUUAUUUACUGGCUGAUUUUAACUAAUAAUAAUUUCUUAAAAUUAAUAAGUGGCAUGACUUUGUAAAUAAAUCAAAAAGUAAGGGCAAAAUCCUAUGAUUUUCUAAAACAUAUCAUAUAUUAUUAUUAAUACACGUAAUGUUAUAUAAUAUAAAUAUUCUGAAUCCUAUAAAAUGUAUCAUAUAUUUUUAAUACACGUAACAUUAUGUAACAUAAAUGGUAUGAAUAAGUUUGAUAACAUUUUGGAAUAUUCUUUAAAUAGAUUUAUUUUUUGGUUGAUUUUAAUUAAUAACUAGAUUUUGACAAGAAUCUAACCAUUAUAAGAAAAAACAGUUUUGAAUACACCUAGACUAUUGUGCCUUUAACCGUAAAAGUGAUUCAUAAGGCGACUUUACAAAACAAUAAGUCAAUAACCGUUUUCUCCGGCGGCUCUGUCCGCCGGAUUUUAUACCCAGUUAUUUCUAUUUCUUUACACAAUGUGACUAGUAUGUUUUUGGCCAAGAUGAUGUUGCUAUGGGAGAUUUGGGAAUUUUGUACUCAAGACUCUCCCAUUUCUGAUGACAGUAGUGGGUUUAUUUUGAUCAUGUUGUUGAUAAUUUUAUGGCGAUUUGGUAUGGGCCUUUGAUAUUCGGUUCCGAAAAUAAUGCGAUGCUUCUCUCCUUCGGGAUGAGAAUUUCUCCGACACAAGCUUUCCGGUAUCGGUGGUUUAGUGAUGGUCUUUGUCCUCCAAUUUCCAAAAUUGAUAGUUUAUUUUCGGCAGUUGGGGUAUGUCUAUAUCUUCAAUCUGUUGGUUUUGUUUCGUCAGUCUACUGGCAUGAUGAUUUACUUCGAUUCCAAUCGAAUGUUUCUACAAAGCCACCAUGGCCACCUCCAUUGAAGAUGGUGCUGUUUUGUGAACCACUUAUUACGGUUUUGUUUUCAUCAACGAUCUUGCUUGGUAGAUUAAAGAGGAGCAUGCCAUUAUUUCAUAUCUUAAAGUAUGGGUUCGAUGGUUCUUUUGGAGUUAGUAAGGCCUGUGAUGAAUCUGUUUAAGGUUUCUCGAACCAUUAUAAAGACCAAGGAGUCGGAUAAUGAGGAAGCAACGGCACCGGAGUAUAAUAGGAAGGUUUUUAUGAUUUUCUCAAAAGGAUUUGUCAAUUCUGAAACAGAAGCAGCAUUAAGGAGCCGCAAGAUGUUCCCACAAAAAAAUAAAUUGAAGAUUCAGCUAUAUUGGGUUCAAAGCAAAAGAUUAUUAUCGCCAUGGGCACUUACAACAAAGCAUGUUAUCUCCUGCAGCGGGAGUGUUUGGAACAGAUCGCGAUGUAACAGAUGGAUCGCAUCUAAAGAUUUAUUAAAAGAAAAAAGGCAUCUAGUCAAAAGGAAUGAGAGCCGAAAGAUAGAUCUUACAAGACCAAGAACAAAAUGGAGGAAAGCUAGUGAAUCAGCUUAUCCUACGAAUGUGUUAGGAAGCAUCGUGUUAUUGCUAUCUCUGUUAAAAGUUCUUCUUAACAAUAUGUUUAUUGUAAUUUAUGUUUCAUGUAAUCUAUUACAUUGAUUUGAAAUCAAUAAAGAAAGAUGUUAUAAAAAAAACUGAUUUUGACAUGCGCUUCGAAAGAGCAAUUUGGAUUAUAGACAAAGUUUAAUAUGAAUUAAUAUUUUGGGAUUGUUGUACAUUACUAUGUACAAAAUCGUAUAAUAUUGAAGAAGAGAAUCUUAUUAAAAUUAUAUAUUUUAAGAAUUAGUUUAUUUAAGAUUUUUUUGUAGGUAUAUUUUUAUUUAACUAUCUCUCUCUCUCUUAAGCCUAUGCAUUUACUUCAAUCCAAAAAAAAAUCUGCUCGUUUCCAUGUCCAGAAAAAUGUAAAUAUUGGGUAGUUUUUUGGACCAGCUGAUCUUGGCUCAGUACGGAUCAUACUUAAGAUCUAGUCGAGUACCCAAAGUACAAAAAAAUAAUUUGUGUAUAUUAGGUAUAUUUGAGCAUUUCAGAUAUGUUUUUGGUAUUAUAGAUAUUUUUUUGGGUUUGAGAUUUCAGUUAUAUUUUCAGGUUUCAGGUAAUUCAGAUUUUUUUUUUUAAACAAAAUUGGGCAUUCAGCUAAAAUUUUAGGUAUUUUCGGUUACUCGAGUUAUAUCCCAGGAAGCAUUCAGAUCUUUUCCGGGUAUUUGAAUAUAUUUUGGGUAUUUGUUGGGUUUUCAAAUAUUUUUCUAGUUUCAGAUCAUUUUCAGGUACUUUUAAUCUUUUUCAAAUCUUAAAUAUCUGAACCUACCUAAACUUGCUAUUUACCCAGUAUUACAUGUAUUUUACAUUUAUUUGAAUAGUGAUUCCAAACCGACCCAGACACGAAAGGAACCAAUCUAAACCCGAAUAAAAAAAAAUUCAAAUAUCUAUAUGAGUCCAAAUGUUUAUGACCCAAAGAACCAAAAUAGAAAAGAACCGACCUGAAUACCAAAUACUCAAACCUACUCUCUCAUCAUAUUUUGUGUGUAUUUUGUUAGAGAUACAUUUGUUAAAUUGAUAUGGCUUAAGAUUUACUUAGUAGAUGUUUUUAACUAAUUCAAUAGAACAUAGUUGUAGGGUUUUUAAUAUUUUUUAUAUUUACUUAAUAUAUUUUUGUAUUAUAAUACUUUUUAUAAAAAUUAAGUUAAUGUAAUAUAUAUAUUCUUGUUUUAACAUAUGAGUUGCGAUUUUUUUUUUCAAAUUUGAUUUUGUAAAUAUGUGAAACUAUAAAGUGUAAAAUGUCAUGAUACAAUAUGUUUAGUGAUAUUAUUAGUUGAUGUAUGGAAUAUGAAAUAUUAAUUUAGCUUAUAUAUGAUUGUGAUCUUAGUGACAUUAAUAUCCCGCACACAUCAUAAUGAUUGUGAUCUCAACAUAUUAUGGGUUGUCACUAAUUUUUCAUGGUAACACAAAAAGAUAUUUCGGUAGGUAUAAUUAUUAAUUGUGUAUAAUUAGAGUAAUUAAUUGUAGGACCAAAAAAAAAUUAAGUAUAAUAAAAGAGUACGACAUAAGUAGAUUUUUCAGAAUGUUUAUCUUUUAAUAGUAUAGAUGAUUUUCUAAAAUUAAUGAGUGGCAUGGUUUUAUAAAUAAAUCAAAAAGUAAAUGCAUAAUCCUAUUCUACUCUAAUAGUAUAGAUUCUAUUUUAAUUGUAUAGAUAAUAAAGUAAAAAACUAUUGUAAUGUAAUUGUGAUAUUCCGAUACAUUGACAUAAAGCUAGCAAACUAAACGGAAGGCAAAGUUCACAAAAAAAAAAAAAAAAA